AUAAAAGGGUGUCAACUUGUAUUUGAUUAGAAUGUGAUGUUGUAAGAGUCCAGGAUGCUUUGGAAUGGUGAACAUUGAAAAGGUUUCCUACGAACAGGGCGUUGCUGAAUCAGUUUCAAAAUAUCCGAAACUCCCCACGCAAAUGGCAAAUAUUUGUUGUUAAACUCUCCAUUCAACAUUUUUGUCUCUUCACUGAGCCGGAGGAUGCAAAUGUCAAAUAAUACAAACGUAAAUGCAAACGUUGCCAGCGUUUGUAUCGUUUUUUCUCUAUUGUGUCUGAAGACUCACUCGAGAGUGGUACGCUUUUAUAGUCGAGUGAACUGAAAUGAAGAAUUGUUUUGCUACUUUAUUGUGUACUUGAGGGCGACACGUAAAAAGCAGCUCUCAGCUCGAGGCCGCCUGCAAACGAGCUGUUUUCAACUCGGAAGCGCAAAAAGUGAGCACCAGCUUGAGCCGAAGUGAUGCGGUCGAUGCAUCCUCCUCUUCCUCCUCCUCCUCCUUCUCCUCUUCCUCUUCCUCUUCCUCAGCUCCACAUGAUGUUCUCCAGGGCGGGGUGGCUGACUUUGCGCCCUUUCUCCUCCUGCUCAUCUUUGGACCCAACAAACACACUGGGCUGUCUCCAGCAGACCCGACGGUGAGCCCGCUGUUUUGUUUUAAUGAAGAGGCAGAGCAUCAUCGGGAAGCUGAAUCUCGGAACCGCGCGACAUGAAGAAGUCAGACACGUCGGCCUUCUCUCUGGAGGCCGACGACAGGACGGAGGCCGAGAAACGACGCGAGGCGCCCAAACGGGAUGUCCUCGGCUCUGUUUUACGUGUGGGCCACGAGGCGCCCAAAGCCCCCAUGGACACGGACUACCAGGAGGAAAUGGAAGAGACCGAACCUCAAAUACGAUUUAACCUCAACUUUGACAAGGGCGUCCGAGGUGUGGAUCAGGACAACUCCAAGCGAGACGGUCAGACCUUCGACAUCGGCAGACUGUUCGAAGCUGCGGCCAGCGGAGAUGUCACCAGGUUGGAAGGCCUGCCCCAGUAUCUGCACCAAAACAUGAAGAAACUCACCGACUCGCUGUAUCAGUCGUACGGUAAAACUGCCCUGAUGAAGGCCCUGCUGCACCUCAGAGACGGCAAGAACCCCGCUGUCGAAUUCUUAGUUGACAUCUCACAGAGGAUGGGCGACAUUAAAGAGUUCGUCAAUGCAGCUUACACCGACAGUGACUACAAAGGGCAGACGGCACUGCACAUAGCCAUCGAGCGGAGGAGUCUGCGCUAUGUCGAGCUUCUGCUCAGCCAAGGAGCGGACGUCCACGCUAAAGCCUCUGGGAAAUUCUUCCAGCCUCGCGACGGCCCCAGCUUCUACUUUGGGGAGCUGCCCUUGUCCCUGGCGGCAUGCACCAACCAGCCUGACGUGGCGGAGUUCCUCAUGGACAACGAGCACCAGCGGGCCUGCGCGGAUGCGGCCGACUCUCGGGGCAACACGGUGCUGCACGCCUUGGUGGGGGUGGCCGACAACACCGAGGAGAACACCGACCUAUUCAUCGCCGCCAUGUACGACCGCAUCCUGACCACCGCGGCGCGGCUGAGACCCAAACUCAACUUGGAGGAGAUCGAAAACAACAACGGCUUGACCCCUCUCAAACUGGCUGCUAAGACCGGAAAAAGCGGGAGUGGGUUUACGGUCCGGUCCGGAGCUCCUUGUACGACCUGGCCUCGGUGGACUCCGCGGACGACAAGUCGGUCCUGGAGAUACUGGUCUACGGCAGCGACAUCCCUGCGAGUAGCCGCGCGAGGACCGUAUCCGCGCAGCCGGAGUCUCGACUGCUUUGAAAUGUUGCGUGUCUGCUCCCAGAACCGCCACGAGAUGCUCCAGACGGAACCUCUGCGCCAACUGCUGGAGCACAAGUGGAAAAGGUUUGCAGGCCGAAUGUUUUUUCUCAACUUCCUGGUCUACUUCGCGUACCUGCUCAUCUUCACCGCAGUGGCCUACAACAAGAAGGACGGAAAGACACCAUUCCCUCUGGAGCGCAGCUCUACAGGUUACCUGUAUAUUUCAGGGCAGCUCUUGAUAACACUGGCAAACUGCUAUUUCUUUCUCAUGGGGUUAUUAGAUAUGAAGCGGAAACGACCAAAGCUGCAGACCUUGCUGAUUGAUGGAUAUUACGACAUCCUUUUCUUCGUGCAGGCCGCCCUCUUCCUGGCCGCAGCCGGCCUCUAUGUCUGUGGGAGGCAAGAGUACCUGGGCUUCCUGGUGCUGUGUCUUGCUCUCAGCUGGGUCAACCUGCUCUACUUUGCCAGGGGCAGCAAACACAUGGGCAUCUACAGCGUCAUGAUACAGAAGAUGAUCCUCAGCGAUAUCCUGCGCUUCCUGUUCGUCUAUGGCGUCUUCCUCUUUGGGUUCUCCGCAGCGGUGGUCACGCUGCUCACUGAGCCCGCGGUGAAAAACGCCACUGCUCAGAGGGGCCGCCUCUUCGGACCACUUUACCCCGACUCGGAAUGCAUCAAGCCCACCUUCCGAAACAUCUCCUACACCACGCUGCAGCUCUUCAAGUUUACCAUCGGCAUGGGUGACAUGGAGUUCACCGAGCACUACCAGUACAAGGAAGUCUUCUACGUGCUGCUCAUCUUCUACAUCAUCCUCACCUACAUCCUGCUUCUGAACAUGCUCAUCGCCCUCAUGAACCGCACCGUGGAGAAGAUCACCAAGGAGAGCACUAGCAUCUGGAAGCUACAGGUCAGCCAUACUGUUCUCGUCCUAGCAGGUCAGGCUCAGCAGCUCUGGUUUGAUGUUUCUCAGAGGGCCAUCACCAUCCUGGACAUGGAGAAAAGGCUGCCACUCUGUGCGAGGAAGAGGCUUCGCUGCGGGGUGGACAAAAAUCUGGGCACGCCCUCUGAACAAGACCGCCGCCGCUGUUUCAGAGCGGAGGAAGUCAACUGGAACAAAUGGAACAUCCACCUGGGUAAAAUCAAUGAGGAGCCCGGCUACUGGGAUCGAACGCGGCCGCCGACGUCAGACAAGCCGCCGAUUCGGACAAACAGAGGGAGGAGCUGGAGAGGCUUAUUUCCGGAGCGCGGACGAGGACCACAGGCCACUGAGAUGAGCAACUUCCCAGUGUGAGCACACUGGGAAUGGAGCCAUUAACAAAUGCAACUGGAUCUUUAAAGGCAAUAUUUGUUCAAUCAGAAGUUUUAGUUUGCAUGCAACAACGCACAUUGUUAGUGCAAAAAAUGGAAUAAUUGUAUAAGCCGUGUUCGAGUAGCAUCAGAAUGGCCAUUAAGCAAGAGUGAUCACAAAGGUCCCGACCCUGCCAUCUUGCUGUGCGUUUCAUCACAAACAGACAAGCUUCAUCGAGCACCCUCUCGCUUCGGAGGCGGCGGGCCUGGACCAAUGGCGUGAGAGCGCGCUUACAAUUAGUGUGACAAACAUCUCAUUCGGUGCUACCGCCUAUAACACCUGCGUAUUUUUUGUCAUGCCGUGCCAUUGUUCUCGUUUGUAAUUAAUGCACCGUGAAUCCAAACAAUGGCUCAGACACAUAUGAAAGCAUAAAUUAGAAUUUUAUUUUAUUAUUACAAUAUUACAAAAAGAGUAGCACAACUCUCUCACGCGCUUGCUUCUGAUCCGUCUUGAAAGAUGACAAAAGAUAGGCUAUGGACCUUCUUCCUUUUCACAGCAAUUGAACAGGAGGGGGGGAAAACAUAAAUAAGCAAAUCAAGUAUUAUAAAUAGUCACAACUGCAAAACAGAAGCUUUGAAAGUUGGGGGAAAAAAUGUUACAGCUCAGUAACUACACACUGCUAAAAUAUAUUGUAUAAUUAACAUAUCACUCCUUUUCUUGCUUCCCAUAACAAAUCUCUACGGAAUUGCUCCGUCUAGUCAAUACACUUUAAUUAAAAUAAAAAGACCAGGGUAAAAAACAAAACAAAACCCAAAAAACGCUGUGUUUGUUGUCUUCUUACCACCGUCUUCCUUAUCCUUAUUAUUUGGGGGUUUCAUUAAAACCAUGCUCGAGGAAAGUCCGAGGACCAAACAAUUAAGGCUUUUUAGGGGUUGGUAGGUGAGCAAAACAUGGGUGUCAUCAUGACCACACAAAUAAACACAUUCACAUUCGCGCGCGCGCACGCACGCACGCACACACACACACACAAUCAUUGAAGUUUAAAUGUUACAGUAGUCUAGUAGGUAAGCCAGUGUACAAUAAAAUAAACAAUGCGUUUGCUGUUCAAUGUAAAAA